CACUCAAUAUUCACAACUAGAAGGAAAAGCAAGACUCUCCUGACUCUCUGGACUUCAAGGAUAUCAUUAUGUUGUAUUGGAUGAAUUUAAACUAGACAAGACUUCUUUCUAAAACACUUCGAGAAAGUGAGUUUGCCUGAGGGGAGAGGAACACAAGAGAGGAGAGACAAUUGAACAUCACCAUUGGCCGAGACCUGAAAAAAUGGUGCUGGAAGAACAAAGGAUUAGAACUUAAUUGUAAAAGGGAAGGGAACUCCUGACAGGCAAUUUGCUUAAUUUUCACAUUCAUCAUGGCACAAAUCCUCUGGCUGGCUGGUUGAUGGGACUGUCCAACACUUCUGCUUAACUUCAGUGCAGAUCCCUUCUGCUUACACAUCGAAAGACCUGGGAACAGGUGGGAACUGGAUGGUGCCAAAUACAGGAAUGGAAAGAGAAAUGGACUCUGACGGGUUAAGAUGGAAGUGACUUGACAGCAACAAGCUCAGCAGUUGUCUCCAGUAAGGACAGGUUGAGACGGGAAUCUCAAGCUUCCCUGGAAGAGCAGUAUGCAGGAAGCUGGUUUUCAGGCCACAAAUGCUUUCACAGAGUGCAAAUUCACCUGCGCCAGUGGUAAAUGCUUGUAUCUUGGUUCACUAAUUUGUAACCAACAGAAUGACUGUGGGGAUAACAGUGAUGAAGAGAACUGCCUGCUUGUAACAGAGCAUCCACCUCCAGGCAUCUUUAGCUCUGAACUGGAGUUUGUUCAAAUCAUCAUUAUAAUCGUGGUUAUAACUGUUAUGGUGGUAGUGAUCAUCUGCCUGUUGAACCAUUACAAACUCUCGACACGCUCCUUCAUCAACCGGCAGAGCCAAAGCAGGCGGCAGGAGGAAACUCUGCAGACGAUCAUGUACGCCCCGAGGUCCAGGGACAGGUUCACCACCCCGUCCUUCAUGCAGCGGGACCGUUUCAGCCGCUUCCAGCCCACGUACCCGUACAUGCAGCACGAGAUCGACCUCCCUCCCACCAUCUCGCUCUCGGACGGCGAGGAGCCGCCGCCCUACCAGGGCCCGUGCACGCUGCAGCUCCGGGACCCCGAGCAGCAGAUGGAGCUCAACCGGGAAUCCGUCAGGGCGCCGCCCAACCGAACCAUUUUUGAUAGCGACUUGAUAGACGUCUCCAUGUACAAUGGGGGUCCCUGCCCACCCAGCAGCAAUUCGGGCAUAAGUGCAACCAACUAUAGCAGUAAUGGAAGGAUGGAAGGACCACCCCCGACGUACAGCGAGGUCAUGGGGCAUUACCCGGGCUCCUCUUUUUUCCAUCACCAGCACAGCAACAUGCCUCCUUCCUCGCAGAGGGGGAGCAGACUUCAGUUUCAGCAGAACAAUUCAGAGAGCACAAUAGUCCCCAGCAAAGGCCAGGAGCGGAAAGCAGGAAACCUGGUCUAGGUUACCCCAGGAGUGUUGGGACUGAAGACGGGAGAUGCCAGCAGGGCGUGGAGGAAGAGCCCGUGCUCCGGUGCACAGUGUUGUUACGUUUCACGUGGUACAACUGAGUAAAACCAAACGUGCAAACCCGUUCCUUGUUUCUGAUUCCUUUCAGGGGAAUUGCAUGCAAAGCAGAUUGAAAGAAAUACAAACUUCCAUUCAGUUUGUCUACGAGCAGUGUUUUAGGGGAGGGGGGGGAUAUAUUAUUUUUUUUUAAUAAACUAUUUCAAUUAUUUAAUUCUAAAAGUUAACUUAGCACAGAAAUGAGGCUUGUACAGCCUGUUUUAUACUCACUGAAUGGCAGAAGGAAGAAGGUGGUUUUGCUAGAUAAAUGGGGGAAGAAUUGGCCAGUUUGCUUUUUUUUUUCUCCCAGUGUGUGAAUUUUUUUUAAAUAUGAAACAAAAUUCCUGUUCUGUGUGCCAAGGUAUAAAGUUGAGAACUUAGAUGAAUGCAAGGAAUUAAUUUGUGUUGUGAUAAAUGUGUUUUAAAAAGUUGCACUAUCUUGCUGUUUUAAAAAAAAUAUAUAUGAGGGAACUGUUUUAUGUGAAGUUCUUCUAUAUGUUGUUGUUUCACCUGUGGAAUAAUGAUAGAGCCCUAGAAGUAAUCUGGAGGAGUUUGCCCCCUCCCCCUGGGUUUGCUAGAAGGUGGGGACAGGACUUAGCCUAACAUGUCUUGACUUUUACAAUUCAAAAAAUACAGGGACACUUGUCUUUGCAAUAAUUUGCAUUCAAAUAACAGUGUAUCAAUGAAGUGUCUUGGAGACUUUUGGAUAGAAGAAGGCAAAUAUGAAAUCCCAGCAUUUUCCAUCACUUUAAGGUUUAGCUAUUUUGCGGUGUAGACGAUUUCUUUCGUAAAUGGCAAAGCUAAAAUUCCCAGAUGAGUUGAUGUGUAUUGAUUCUAAGUGCUGCCAUUCUUUUCCUUUUCAUAAUGCAGUAUCACCAGUACUUACCAUUCUAGAGAUUUUUGUCCUCACUGUAGCCUGAAAUGUAUUUAGUCACAUAUCAUGACGUUAUGCAAUAAAUCGUUUGAAAGCGCAGGGUGGGAUUUGUUUGCCCCUGCAGUGCUGUUCAAGUUCGUGAGACUGUUGUGGUUUUCGCUCUCCAUUUCAUCCUUUCAGAUGCUGAGGUUCAGUCCUGCAGGUCCAUCCUGUUAAGUGAAGGGGCCCUUGUGGCCAAACCCCCGUGGUGUUUCUGCAGCAGUACCGAGAGCACUGGUGGCAGUGGUGCUGGCUCCUGCCAUGUCCCUGGAGGGAUGUGGGAGCGCCAGGAAUUCUCCCUGCUAACCAAUUUGCUCUGGGCCCUGUUGUGGAAACCCUUCUGGGUGCACGAUGUCUGCCUGACACCAGCAGGACUGUGCUCAUGGGUAAAGGUGACUCACGUGUUAACCAAGUGUCUGUAAGCCGUGAUUUUUGCUAUACUGGCCUGGAGAGUAGUUGGGAAGUGUUCCCUGCCUGUGUCGUGGCACGUGGGGUGUUUCUUCACUGGCUGUUUCCCUGUGGAAGCACACACGGCGCUGGAACUCAGUUGGCAAAGGGUGAUAGUGGCAUCACAAGCACAUGAAAAAGCACAAAUUGCACUUAAAAUGCAUUUUGGAAAUGGACUUAAAAGUAAGAAUCUUUAGUCUUAGCUUGAAUAGUUUCUAAUAUAUAGGUGUAUGAGUGCGUCAUAGACCUUUUCACUAUAAGACCUUUCACUUUUUUCUAUUUUCCUGAGCCUUGUGCUUGGUUGCAGGCAGCAGCCACUGAGUGCCCCAAGGGCACUGAUGCCCUGGUCCCAUGGCUGGAGGCUGGAUUUCUGCAGGACUUCUGUACACGGGGGGCUCUGAUAACUGAAGUGCAUCUUUGAUCUAUGCAGAGUUUUAAUGCCAAAACUGUGUGUGUGCGUGUGUCUGCGUGCGUGUGUGUCCUUUGAGCCUCAGUGUAGAUUUGUUUUCUUCAUAAGAUAAUUUGAUUUUAUUCUAGUUCAGAAAACAUUUGUAUAACUGUUAGUCUGAAUACGCAGCCCCAUUUGUCUCUGUAAUUGUUAUUUUGGUCUGAGUCAUGCUGGUAAUGCAGAGUAAAGCUGCGUUUUGUCGUAUGUAUUAAUUCAAGGGAGAGAUAGAGAUUGUAUGGUGGGAUUCACUUAUUGUUUUUUCCUCUCAGACCCACAGGACAGGUGUAUAGAAGAUGACUAGGUGGCUUUCGGUCAGCUGGGGCUCUUGUCACUGUCUUGUUCCUGGGAGUAAAAGCUGUGAAGUUAGAUUUUUGCAGAUAACCUAUGAACAUAAUCCAUAGUUAAAAUCCACAAACAAACAAAACCCAACCAGAGGACAAAGCCAGCAAAUGCUGGUUUUGUCUUCAUUGACUUUUGUCACUUGAGGAGUGAGCCUUUAAGCCAGAGAAUGUGUGUGCCUACACAGAUACUGUGCUGUUGCCUAAAUGAGGAUUGUUUAGCCGAGAAGCCUUCAGGUGAGAACAGCUGGAACUCAGUUGUCAUGGCAGAGCACACCUGGACUGGGCCCUGGGCUUGGGCUGAUUGAAGACCAACUUUCCCCAUGUGCAGAUCUCAGCAAAGUGAGCCUUGCCUUCAAAGUCACCUCUUGGGAACGUACUUUCUUUAAAAACAGCCAUUUGCCAUCUUCUGCCCUCUCUGCAUGCCAGUGGAUUUAUGCACUUCCCAUUAACAUUGUCCAAUAUGCUGUCUCUUAAUUUUUCUUGGCUGAGAAAAUUUUUCUGCAUGGAAAAUGUAACCUUUUCCAGAAAAGAUUUGUUUAAAAAUAACUUGGUAUUUGCUCACCUAAUAGUUGUAUCUCCCCUUGCAUCUUUGUCUUCUCAUCCUAGAAUCAAAGAACAGGCUGAAUUGGUAGGGACCCAUCAGGGUCAUUGAGUCCAGCUCCCUGUCCUACAUAGGACCAUCCCCAAGAGUCACACCCUGUGCCUGAGAGCCU